AUGGAUUUAAAAUGGUUCGCACUACUUAUCGCGGUCACUUUGUCCGCUGAUUGCGUUUUAGAAAAUUUUGCUAUUGGAGAUGUGAAUAUUACUUCAGAGGCUCAAUUUAAAAACUUCACAAAGGAAAAUGAACUGUUUCUUCUUGGAGUUUCAGCCAAAUGGUGCAAGAAUUGCUGCCAUUAUGAGCCGAUCUACAAGCAAGUACUGGAGGUGCUUGAUACCUUAACGCCAAGAAUCAAGCUGGCAAGGGCUGAUAUCAGCAAAACCAAUUUCAUCAAAAAAUUUAUGGCAGAAAAUGAUGAGGUCCCUGUGAUUUAUGCAGUGAAAAAAGGAAAGUUUUAUAAAUAUCAUGAUUACGUGAACUUUGCAAAAAUUGUCAAUUUUGUAGACAGAAUGUAUUUACCAGUUAUAACUUUGAAGAGUGAAGAAGAAAUUGAAAAAUUUUUAACGCCGCCAGAAGGCAAUAAUAACUAUUUGACACUGGUUGCUUUUAUAUAUGACGAUGAUGAUGCUGAUGACUCUUUAGCAAAGCAAUAUGAAAAAGUCUCGAUGGCUCUGGCAAAUUGGGUGAACUGCCAAGUGGGAAUUGUGAGAGACAAAGCAUUGAUCAAAGAAUUAAAGCAAAGAGAAAAAUGGAUUCCUUACUUGAACAGCCUAGUUUUAAGUAAAAGAGGAGCCGAUGAUAAAGUUCUAGACUUAGCGCUCCCUCAGAACUUAGGGAAUUGGAUAACUAGAAACGGUGUAGGGCUGGUUGAAGAGCUUACCCCUUAUAAUUAUCAAGUCUACAAAGGAAUUGGACUGCCUAUGCUCAUCAUGUUUCUAGACAAAAACAAUGUUAAUAUGGACGAAUAUCUUGAUAUUUUCAAAAAAGUCGCCAGGGACUUUGAAGACCAUAUAAAAUUCGUUUGGCUUGAUGGCACUGAAGAAAUCAAUAAGCAAAGAAAGCGAAAAAUUGGGCUUGUGACUGAAAUUCUUCCAAGUCUCGCUUUUAAUUUAGCAGAUGGAAGAAUUUACCCAUAUUUGGAAGGAAAACCAAUUACAAGGGAGUCUAUUGCAGAAUUUGUAACAGAAUUUUUAGAAAAUAAGCAUUCAGUCAAAAAUGUCCCUGACUAUAAGCCAGAUAUUGAAUUAGAAAAGAAAUAUAAAGACACUCCAAUAGUCACAAGAGAAACUUUUGAUGAAUUGGUGCUUGGUGAAGGCUUUGACGUUGUAGUGCUAUUUUAUUCUUCCCACAAAAAUCAGGAAUCAUACACAAUAGCUCCUUACUUCAAUAAGCUUGCUAAAAGAUACGGCGAGCUGGAAUUUACAAAUUUGCGAGUUUAUAGGAUGGAUGUAGCAAUACAGUCAGUCCAUAAAUUUGUUAAGACAGAUACUAUUCCUUCGAUUUAUUUAUUCCCAGCUUUUCACAAACAUCCGCCUUAUAUAAGAUACACUGGAGACAUGGAUGUGCUUAGGAUGAUGUUUUUCGUCGAAAAGUACGUAGAUGUUAAAUUCGAACUGCCUGAUGUUCCACAUUUAAGUCCAGAUGAAGCUGAGGAAUACUGGGAUAAAAAGUCCAAGCUAACUCCUGAACAGCAGCAAGAAGAAGCCAAAAGGCAUGAAAUAAGACACUUUGACCUUUAA